UUUAGUUGACUCCAUGUCCUUAUGGGGUGGUGGUGGUAGUGGUGCCUGCAACCCUCUUAAUAGGGAGGUAUUUGAUAGUGCCCUGGCAGGGAUAGAACUGGGGAAGAGGGCUACAUCAACUCCACCAGGGGACUGAUCAAUAAUAUAUCUUUCACAGAUGGGAUCGUUGCUGGAAGGGGAGCACAUGAGAGCAGCAGGCAGGCAGGCAGGCAGACAGACAGACAGAUAGACAGACAGGGAGGGAGUGAGCGAGGGGCCCCGCACAUUGCCAUGCAAUUUUAGAGAGACAGCCCCCCCCCUCCCCUGCCAGCAGAACCUGAUGGCUCUGAAUGCCACACACGCCCCACCCCCCAUUCUAGUUGAGAGCUCUCUGUCCAUUCACAUUCAUCUCUGGCACAACCCUAACCCUAACCCUAAACCCCCAGCCUGUCCUCCCUCAAGACCAGAAAAUAACCAACUGGGUGAGAGACAUUCACAUGUGAGUGCUGCAUCACUCAUUUGCAAUGUGUAUGACCCCCUCUUUUUGCAAGCUUGUUACAGAGCUGCUGCAAUGACUGCGUUCUAGGGAGUGAGUGCUCUUGUUGUCUUAAGGAGGAAGUGGGGGUUCUCAAAAGAGUGCAAGUCAUUGUCUAAGGGGGUUAAUAGAGCUCUGCCAGGGGAAGAAGGAGGAGUGGGCAAGCACUAUUCUCUCAUUGAUAGGAACAUGGAGCCAGUGGGGGUCCACAUGGGCCAAGGAGCCCCUUAAAACAUGGUUCUGGAUUCUCAUGGGAUAAAGCAAAUUAGCUUACAAGUCACCAGGGGUGUUGGCAUAGUACUUGAGCCCUUGGCUAGAUUUCCAAUUGGGCUCUGAGAAUGAGUUUAAUUGUGGAGUACAGAUCAAGGCUGUUUCCAGCAGUUGUUGGUGUGUUCCCAGAGAUUGCAAACCAAUACUUUUCAAGAAUAAUGAAAUCCAAUUAUCAUGUAGAAGAAUUGAGUUCAUCUUUCAAAUCACAACAUUUUUUUAUUUUCUAUUUUUUUUCUACUAUAAGAAUUUCUUUCUUUCUUUUUUUCGUUUUUUGAUACCAAGUUGUAUGAAGAGCACCACGCACAAAAUCUGCAACACAAUCUUGAAAUGAUAAGAUUUCAAGGUAUUACCAUGCUGUUUUACCUAUUUCAAAUGCAACCCAUGGAUGUUUCAAUUCAUCAUAGCAAUUCAAUCCACAGCACAUUGUAAAGUCUUCAUGCGUUUAACACCUUGAUUUUCUUUUAACAAAACUAACUUAAAACCACAAUCUGCAGCUCCUUCACUCACGUAUGAAUGUUAUGAAUUUGGAAAUUGUUAUUCAUGCUCUUAAGAUUGAUUGACGCCGAGUUGUUGGCAAUAAUGGAGGGUUAGCGGACACAGCUGAAAUGAGGGGCAUCGGAUGAUUGAGAAGCAGAGAAGCACCCUGGGAUUGGUGGACAUGCAAGGGAACAUUCCUCAUCAAUACGUCAGCGCAAAGGCCAACGCGAGCAAGGGAUAUGGACGAAGACGACGACGACGACGACGCGGCGCUUCUGUUGCGCGUCGCGCAGAGCUCCCACACAGAACUACCGGUGGGUACACGAUACCAUCUCCCAUCAAGCGCGAAAGGAGGGAGAACCCUCAAAGCAACAACAAUGCCUGCGCGUACCCACCAGCAGCAGCCGCGACAGUCGAAUCGCCAUCCCCACAACGGGAAGAAGAGCAGAGGAGGAGGCUCUGGCAGAUCCGCAUUCGCCCGGAACGUCGUCUCACGACGUGCCCAGACAGACCCAUUGCCAGAUCUACAACCAACAAUGAAACUCGACCUAAUCUCCUACCUCCCUCCUCCUGCUCCUCCGCGAGAUGGUGUCGAUGUCCAGCUGGGCGAGCGAUGUGCGCGACGAUUGCGACAGAGCAGCAGGCAGGGGGAAUCUGAGCCAGGAGGAUUCAAACCUCGUCUUGGAUGUUAUGAAACACGGAGCCAAUGCCGAACGAGGCUUGUGUCGUGGAGGAGGAGCCCCAUUCUGGAGUCUCUGGAGACAUAGAUAUAUAUAUAUAUAUAUGAUUAUUAUUAUUAUAUAACAGGUAUGUUUCUCAAUACUAAUAUUUAAAUAUAUUCUUUAAAUAUUUAAAUAUUUAGAGUUGAUUCUUUAUAUGGAAUUAACUUUAUAAUUAUGUAAAAUUAAAUAUCUUUAAAAUUUUUUCGUUGUUUUUUCCAAUUGCAAGAAUCUUUGUUUUUGUGUAAAAAAAUAUAUCUUUAGCUCAAUGCAUAUCACUUUUGUGUAAUUUUGUUGCUUUUCUCUAUGUAUGUAUGUCUCUCUAUAUAUAUAUAUAUAUAUAUAUAUAUAUAUACAUCAAUUAAUGUAAACAUCAUAUUAUGUUAAUAUGUUCUACACUUUAUAUAUGGAUUUAGAGAGUUUGAAUUAUGUGUAUAUUAUAAUCUUAGCCAUAAUUUGUUCUACCCAAUUUUAAUUUGUAUAUUUAAUGCCCUUUAUAAGAUUGCAGUAAUAUAUAUAUGUAAAUAUGUAUAUAUGUAAAUUUAGAAAAAUAUUUACGAAAAAGUGUUAGAAUCAAUUGGUUGUAUUGCACUGAAUUUCCACUUUGGAUUAUAGUAUUUUCAUCUUAAAAAGAAAAGUUGCUCUAAAUUCUUUCUCUUGGCUUUGAAGCAUAUUUACUAUCAUAGUUUGAUUUCUAAUAGGGCUUAAAUAUUCUCUCUAUCUCUAUAUACUUUAAUUAAUUUUAAUUGCACUUUUUACAUGUAUACAUAUAUAUAAAGAAACCUUAUUAAAUUGGUGCUUAUCACAAGAGGAAUAAUAGAUGAGAUUGCAUCAUGCAAAAUCUCAACUUUAAUUCAAAAUUUGAAUAAUUUAUAGAUUUCAUUUAUCAUUAUUCAAAAAACGAUGUUACAAUUGUAAUGUGAAUAUUCCAUUUAUCUAUUAUUUUUCUAAUAAUAACAUAUGAGUAAUGGCUCAUGCAUGUAUCAUCCUUGCACAAUUUUUAUCUUACAGAACACACAUGAUAAUAAUUUUCUACUAAACAAGUAGUUUGUUUAAACUGUAUAAACCACAAAAUACAUAACAUAAAACACAGUAAUUUACAUAACAUUUUUUUACUUUAAAAAUGAUUACGAAUCAUGCCAAAAGAUGAAAAAUGAUCCUUAUUCAUUAAGUAUGGUAAAAUAAAAAAGGGAAUGAAGUCAGGAAAUUGUUCAUGUUAAGCUUGUGAAGCAAUGGUACCAACAACCACUCACUCACUACUCCACCAUCCACAUGAUUUAACCUUUUUCUUUUCCUCUUUCUAU